GCUCCUCCGCCGAUCACUACCCCUUUCCUUAUCUUCAUUACUUCCUCUAACGCUUCGUCAUAAUCAGCGGUCUCCGGCUAAACAUUACUAAAUCUGGUUAUGAUCCAUGACCACUUCUCAACCUAACGCUCUCCCCAGUGUUUGUUGCCCCCGUUCUACCUCAUUAACGAAAUCCCCGAAUCCAUGGAUUCUGUGUAAACAUUCCACAACCUGUUUUUGUCACAAGAAGGUAGCUGCUGUGGAUUAUUUACUGUUCAAUAAGGCGUAUUCAAGGAAGAGAUGCCAGAUAAGUCUUUGUUUAUUAGAAGAUGGGACCCUUGGACUUGGUUCCAGAUCAAUAGAGCCUCAAUUCUCUGGCUUGACCCAUAGCCAAUCUAGAAGGAGGAGACAGUUUUUGCCAUUUGCUUCUACUGAUGAUGGUGUAACAGUUAAUGGUAAUCCUCAAACAAGUACUAGUGGUGAGGUUGAGGAAAUGAGGGUCAAGCUUGACCAGUCAUUACAAAAUGAAGAAUAUAAUAGUGCACUUAUCCAAUCAUUGCAUGAUGCUGCAAGGGUAUAUGAGCUGGCAAUUAAAGAGCAGUGCUCUGCAUCCAAGUUAUCAUGGUUCUCAACUGCCUGGCUUGGUAUAGACCAAAAUGCUUGGGUGAAGGCCUUAUCUUAUCAGGCCUCAGUGUAUUCGUUAUUAUUAGCAGCAUGUGAGAUUUCAUCUCGUGGAGAUAGAAGAGACCGAGACAUCAAUGUUUUUGUGCAGCGGAGUUUGUCACGGCAUUCUGCUCCCUUGGAAAGUGUAAUCCGGGAUGCACUAUCAGACAAGCAGCCAGAACUUUAUGACUGGUUUUUGUCUGAGCAAGUGCCGUCUGUAGUGUCCAGUUUCGUCAAUUAUUUUGAGAAGGAUCAACGAUUUGCUGCUGCUACUGGGGUUCUCAGAAAAGGAACAUCCUUGAGUUCAGGGGAUUCAAGUGACAGAUCUUUGCUCCUAUUUGCCUUGAGUUGCAUUGCUGCAAUAACCAAACUAGGCCCUACAAAAGUUGCUUGCACACAAUUUUACUCUGUUCUUCCUGAGAUAACUGGUAGACUGAUGGACAUGCUGGUUGAAUUUGUUCCCAUAUGUAAAGCUUAUAGUUCCAUAAAAGAGAUUGGCCUACGCAGAGAAUUUCUGGUCCAUUUUGGACCUCGAGCCGCAGCAUGUAGAGUGAAAGAUGAUCAAGGCACCGAGGAGGUCCUAUUUUGGGUGAGUCUUGUACAGAAGCAGCUACAGCGGGCUAUUGAUAGAGAAAGGAUAUGGUCAAGAUUGACGACCUGUGAAAGCAUUGAGGUUUUGGAUAAGGAUCUGGCCAUUUUUGGAUUCUUCAUCGCUUUGGGAAGGAGGACUCAGUUAUUCCUAUCUGCGAAUAACUUUGAGGCAGUACCUAAACCCAUUGAAGGGUUGAUCAGGUAUCUUAUUGGUGGCAGUGUGCUAUACUAUCCCCAGCUUUCAUCAAUAAGCUCUUACCAACUGUAUGUUGAGGUUGUAUGUGAAGAGUUGGAUUGGCUUCCAUUCUAUCCAGGUGAUAUUGACGCUCAGAAAGGCUCACAUGGUCAUAGAAGUAAACAAGGUCCUCCAAAUGAGGAUGCUGUUCCUCUUGUUUUAGAUGUUUGUUCACACUGGAUUCAGAGCUUUAUCAAAUAUAGUAAAUGGCUUGAGAACCCUUCUAAUGUCAAGGCUGCAAGAUUCCUUUCUAGAGGGCACAACAUCUUACAGGAGUCUAUGGAAGAAUUAGGCAUACCCAAAAUAUGGAAAUGUUACUGCAGGAAGCUGAUGAUUGAAAGCAGUAACACAGAUGUUUUUGAGAUUACUCGUUCAGGAAGUUAUUCUCCAUUGAAAAAAGAACUAGAUUCUUUUGACAAGGCCCUGGAAAGUGUUGAUGGAGCCCUUGUUAGGCUUGAGGAAUUACUUCAAGAGUUACAUGUGUCCAGCUCAAGUUCUGGAAAGGAGCAUCUAAAAGCUGCUUGUUCUGACCUCGAGAAGAUUAGGAAACUUAAAAAAGAGGCUGAAUUUCUUGAGGCGUCUUUUAGAGCCAAAGCGGAUUCCCUUCAGCAGGGAGAUGAUGAUGGUCGUCCCAAGUCUUCUGAUAGGAACAAGAGGCAAUCUGUUAGAGGCAAGAAUGACAUGGAUGUAUCCAGCAGUAAACCUGAUGGCUUAUGGAACUUUCUGGUACCCCGUGCGACUCCAACAACCGACCUCCAAUCAGAAACUGCCUAUGGAAGUGAAGAUACAGGUGUACUGGAAUCAAAUGAAAUCCAGCGGUUUGAAUUAUUAAGAAAUGAGCUGAUAGAACUUGAACGGCGAGUUGAAAGAAGUGCGAAACAGUCUGAGAAUGAAGAGGAGGAUAUUAGAAUGGCUGAUGAUCCUGCUGAUUAUUCUAAAGAUGCUGAAGGGGUUCUUGUGGUUAAGGUGCCAGAAAAAGAGAAUAUCAUCGGAAGGUCCAUAAGCAAGCUCAAAGGAACUACCACGGAUGUCUUACAGGGUACUCAACUUCUAGCCAUAGAUGCUGCUGCAGCUACAGGAUUGCUUAGAAGGACCCUUAUAGGGGAUGAAUUGACUGACAAAGAAAAACAAGCUCUUCGAAGAACUUUAACUGACUUGGCAUCAGUAAUUCCGAUCAGCAUUCUCAUGCUACUACCUGUCACUGCAGUUGGGCAUGCAGCAAUGUUGGCCGCUAUUCAGAGAUAUGUACCGUCGCUGAUACCGUCAACUUAUGGACCUGAAAGGCUGGAUCUUUUGAGGCAGCUUGAGAAAGUGAAGGAAAUGGAAACCACAGAGGUGAACCCCACAGGAUCUGCCGAUUGAGCACAGAAGAAACUUCUAACCAUACACAACUGAUUAAAUUCAACAGGAAGACAUAUUUCUCAUCUUGAUCUGGUUCUGAACCCAUUGGACAUGAGUUUCCAGAUUGUUGCAGAGUCUGCUUUCUGGUGGUGUGCAAUUAACAUUUGCUAUGUACAUGAUUUUGUAUAAAAUGGUACAUGUUUCUUGUAAUGUAAUGUAAUAAUGGUGGUGCG